AUGGCGGCCCCUGAUGGCCCGCCGCCCAUGGCAGCCCCGGCCAGGUCCUUCGCCGAUCUCAUCUCUGCAGUGCCUCAACCACUACCGGAGAUGGAGGUCCCUUUCCAUCAGCCAAAAACCAUCGACGGUGAACUGGUUUUCACGUUUUCAGUGGAGGAGAUUGAGAAACUUGCACAGCCGUUUCUGUUUUCCAUUGUUCUGAAAUUCCUCCGGCAAAGGCCAUCUUUAGAUGCAGUUAGAGCCUUCAUCCGAAAUCGGUGGGGGUUGUCCAGCAUGCCUAUUGUUUCAGCGAUGCAGCGUCCACGCCAUGUCUUCGUUCGGAUGGCUAACGAGAUGGACUUCAAUAAGGCCCUGUCCAGAGAAUCUUGUGAGGUAAAUGGCAUCUUCUACCGGCCUUUUGCAUGGACACCAAAAUUUGAUGAAGACUAUGAACCACCGUGUGUACCGGUUUGGGUGUUCUUGCCUGGGCUUCCACCGAGUUUUUACCAGCCUUCAGUUUUAAAGAUGAUCACAGCUCCCAUUGGCAGGUUUAUUAGAUGUGAUAAUUCCACUACGUGUGCUACGCGUACAGAUGGUGCUCGGAUAUGUCUGGAAGUAGACUCUUCAAAGGCUCCGAUUAAUUACUUUUGGAUCGGUAAGCCUGGGGUCCCGAGAAGUAGACGGCAGGAGAUUAUUUUCAAGACGUUGCCGGCAUAUUGCUCCAGAUGUAAAUGUCAAGGACACAAUGCUCAAACUUGCUGCAAGGAUUCCGAUCAGAAGAAGCAGACGAAAGCCUCAAAGAAAUGGGUAAAAAUAGAUGUGAAGCCUUCGGAAGAUAGGGUGACCGAUCCUGUGAUUUCGUGCAAUGCCGAGAAAGAGAUGCAACAGGAAGUUUUGGUGCAUCAGGAAGUUGCUGCAGUGGUCGAGAGUCCCCUUACGUUGAAGGCUGACCUUGGUGGGAAGGAGGUCUUGGAUGAUGCAACUGGAAAUGGGAACGUUGAUAGCAUGGAGGUGCAGCGUACUCAGGUGCACCAGCAUGAAAAAGCCACGGUUUAUGUAGGGGAGCCGAGUUCCUAUAAGGAUCAAGAGUUGGAGCAUGGUGUGGGUUUGAUGAGGGAAACGUGUGUGGCGAAAGGUGCUGGUUCGGUUUUGGGUAUCACAGAUAAGGAAGGGAGGUCUAACGAUAUUCCUCUUUUUCAAGUCACGGAACUUAUGGAGGAUGGGUCCAGUUUGCAUGAUGAGAAUAUGUUACAGGAGAAAGAUGACGAGAAUGUGGAUAACUUGAUCUCUACCGGAUGCAAUGAUGAGGGCAAUAAAGAGUUGGCUGCUGAAACACAAUCGGAUCAUGAAGUUGAGAGAGUCUCUAUGAAAGAGGAUAUGCAAAAAGAUUAUUCCACGGACUCGGAAGACAUGACUAAAAAUGCAGUUGAGGAGAACGGGUUUGUUUUUAUUCUCACUAUCGUCUAUGCUAAGUGCAACCCUGUUGAAAGGAAGAAUCUUUGGGAAGAUCUGGUUGAGACGAGUAAUGGAAAUCUUCCGUGGAUUCUCUGCGGCGAUUUCAACAUCAUAAGAGAGGAUUCGGAACGACAGGGGGGACUCCCUCGACCUUUUAAUGCUAUGGGGGAUUUCAAUAUUUGCCUUCAAAACUGCGGGGUUAUGGAUAUGAGAUCACAAGGCGCGUUGAUGACCUGGUGUAAUGGCCAAAGCGGCUUGGCUCGUAGUUGGGCAAGGUUAGAUCGUUGCUUUCUUAAUUCUAAUUUUCUUAAUUGUUUUCCUAACGUCUUUUCUCAGGUUUUGUCUCGUUCUACCUCUGAUCACUCUCCUUUAGUGAUUCAAAUAGGUGAGGACCCGUUCAGGUAUGGGCCUAGCCCUUUUCGUUUCCAAUUUAUGUGGACUGACCAUGCAGAUUUCCUUAGUUUCGUGGAGGGGAAUUGGAAUCAAGAUGGGCUUGGUUCUGGUCUUUUUAAGUUAUCCUUUACGCUUAAAAGACUUAAGGUGGCACUUAGGGAUUGGAAUCAACGUGUUUUUGGGAGAACAGAUGUGAUUAUCAAAGAUAUUGAGCAGCGCAUUGAUCGCCUGGAUAAUAGCCUUCAGAACUCUUAUUCUAUUGAGGAUGAUAAUGAUCUCUUGGCUGCCAAUUUGGAACUCUUAACUUGGAAGGGUCGGGAAAACAUUCGUCUGUCUCAUAUGGCUAAGAAAAGAUGGUUGAUAGAUGGGGAUAAUAAUUCAAAAUUUUUCCAUGCUUAUUUGAAUGCUAAAAAUCAUAAGAGGGUUACUGAUAUGUUUCUUGCAGAUGGUACUCAUUUAAAUAACCCUCUUGAGAUUCAUAAGGCCGCUGUUGAGUAUUUUAAGCAGUUUUUGGGUGAGAAUAGCCAUUGUGAGUUUUCCAGUUUUCAGGAUUUGAUUUCCCCAGUGAUUACCGCGGAUGAGAAUUUGAUGCUUUGUAGUUCUCCUUCGAUGGAUGAAAUUAAGGAUGCUUUGUUCAGUAUUCCUAUUGACAGUAGCCUGGGUCCGGAUGGUUUUGGUUCCGGUUUCUUUAGGUCCUGCUGGGAGAUUGUUAAAGCAAAUCUUUUGGAGGCGGUUUCUGAGUUCUUUCAACAUCAGCUGCUCCCUGGAUAUUAUUCAGCGUCUUUUAUUGUUCUUAUCCCAAAGGUGGAAUCUCCUACAGGUUUUGACAAGUUUAGGCCUAUCAGCUUGUGCUCUGUGGUUUAUAAGAUCUGUGCGAAAAUUUUGGUGGGCCGCCUCACGAAUGUGCUUCCUAAGAUGAUCUCCCAAGAGCAAGGGGCCUUUAUUCCUGGUCGUAGCAUUUUUUAA